AUGCGUAUUGUUCCUCAGCACAAGCACCAAAAGCUCAUUCUCCAGUGCUACCCGCCUGGGAAGCUUACCGAUAAGAAACCCAACCCUUCCGAGCUCAGCUACCUUUUGUACUAUGCGCUGACUCGUCGUAUCAAGUUGGUGAAGGUGGUGGACUUUUUGGAGGCCAAGACGAAACGGGACGUCAAGGGCUCCAAGUCGGGCAAUUUGCAGGUCACCUUGGGCAUCGUGCUGGCCUUGAUUGAAAAAUGUGCCGACAAUUUGAACGCGUUUGCCGCCCAGGUGGUGUCGAUUUUGAACACCAUGCUCCUGGUGAAAGAGUUGCCCUUGUGCAAGCUGCUUGUGUCCACCUACGGCGUGCUUUGCUCCAAGCUUGACGGCGGCCUUUUCACCGGUGACAAGCUGUUUGUGGAGUCCUUCACCCGCUUCACCGAUUCCUUCAUCACCACAGGUGUCAACCAGCUGAGCGGCUCCACCACCAACAAGGCCGAAUGGCGCCUCGUGGCGCUCUCCACCUCCAAACACGUCUUCAACUGCUUGGGCUUCAACUCCCGCUUGCUGCGCAAGUUCGUCUCCAAAUGCGUGCCCUUGUUGGCCGAAACGGUGCUCUCCAAUGCUAACCAAGGCACCUUGCUUGCUCGCUUGAACAGUAACUUGAACGUCGAGGACGACAAGUUGCACAGCUUGAACAAGACCGUGACCGCCCGUACGGCAGCCCAGGCUCGUGAAAUCGAGGAGCAUUUCGAGGCCGACGCUGUUUCCGAUCUGGACCUUAACGAGGAGGCAUUGGCGGCUCUCAAGGCUCUUUUCAACACCUCCCUCUCCAACCAGAUCUCUGAGGCCACCAACGAGGUGGUGGACUUCAACUCUGCCAACUCCUCCCAGACCGACGUUGACAAUUGGGGCAUCACUUUCUUGGAAAUGUGCGCCUCGUGGAUCCCCGUCCAAUUACGUUUCAUCGCUUUGCUGACGCUCUUGCACCGCUUGAGCGCUGCUUCGGAUAAGACCGACGAUAGCUCCAAAAACUACCGCGUUUUGUCCCACACGGCAAAGUCCCUCUUGGGUCUUGUUUCCUCCAACUUCAACAUGAUUGGCCUCUCCAUCUCUGACGUGAUCCAGCAGUUGCUCACGUUGCAGACAAACUUGCACUUGCUGUUGGCCGACUACUUGGAUGCUGCUGAGAUCAAGGACUUGAGCAAGAUCUACACUCAGUGUGUGUGCAACCUUUCCAGCCAUAUCUACUACUUUGACCAGGUCCAGGACUCGAUCGAGGGUAUCUUGAUGCAAGUUGACUCUGUGAUGCUCCAUGCCGACUCGCAUAAGACGAGCCGUGUCCAGGAGUUGGUUAUCGUGUUGCUCGACAACAUUUCCAAGGUGAUGAACUUGUUGACUCGCAAGUCGAGCUCCAUCACCAGAAACGAGGCCACUUUGGAGAACUGGGACUUGGGAUUGCAAUUGUUGACCAUUGACAAGAGCUACGAAGAGUUUGCCCUGGAGGCUUCCACCGAACAAAAGGCUUCUCUUGAGGCCAAGUUCUUGCAGGUGUUCCAUGAAUUCUUGGAAAUCGAGUUCCUCAAGACUGGUGGAAAAGCUUCGCCCAGAAAAGCCCUGCCAAAGAUUGUCUACUCCGAGAGUAACCUGGCCGAGGGACCAGAACGUUUCUUGGUUCCAGACUACAACGAGUACAUUAGCCAUUCGCAAAACUUCCUCAACAACAUCCUCGUUCACACCAACGAAUACCUCGCAUCUCCUAGCAGCCCAUCCGUUUCCAAAUCGCUUUUGAGGACCUUGCAGACGUUGCUCAAUGUCACUGGCAUCAACUUUGUGCACAAUUUCAUUCCCUUGUUCCUGUACUGGCAGCUUAUCGAUGGCACCGGCUCGUCUGUGGAGGUUGAGAAGGACAAGUUCGCCUACCUGUUGUUGAAAUCCCUGGUGGAAGUUCUCAACGAGAAGUACGCAGACUUGUUGGAAACCGACCUCACCAAGCUGAGCUUGUGGGAUGCCCUCUCGCAGGACAUCAACGAUAGACAGACGGCCUUGUCAAGCGGCGGCACGUUCAAGACUAGAGUAACCCAGGACUUGAUCUACGAGUUCUUCGCUACCACCUCGGUUAGCGCCUACAUCAACCCACAAAAGUCUGUGUCGCUCGAUGUGAGCAAGAUCCACUACGACCACGACUCUCGUGCCAACAGCAAGACACCCAAGACGGAGGAAACCGACCGUUUCCAGGAUGCUCGUGAAAAGGUUGACCUGGCAAACGGUAACGGUCUGAGCUUUGGUCUUGGAAGCGCCAAUGACAUUUCGUCUAUCCACUCUGGUCUUGCCAACGGUCAUGCCAAGGGCAAUGGCCACGGAGACUCGCUGGCCCAGGAAACUCUCAACCUGAACAACCUGUUCAACCUACAGCACACGAACAACUACCGGUACUCGUUGCUCCCGAAGGUGUCGGACCUCAAAAACACUGUGAACGGGCAAACGCCAGAGGACCGUUUCCUGUUCCAGCAAAACAGCACGCCCCGUUCUGUGCUUCAAAAAAAUGCACCUGCUACCGAUAUGAGGCUGAUUCUCAAGUCGCUCCUGAGUGAGGAGGACAAGGACAUUGUGGUUUAA